AUGCACCUGGAGCUCAGAGAGCUCUUUGGUGAAGGAGACUUCCCGUCGCGAGGAGGCGACAUGGACGUCUUCUCCGAGCUGCAGAAGAAACACUCGGAGGCGAGAGCCCCCCCCCACCUCUUCCCCACCUUCCACACGCCCAUCCCGAUGGACAUGCGGCACCACGAGGGACGCUACCUCUACGAGCCCCACGCGCUGCACGCCAUGCACGGCCCUGCAGGUCCGGUGAUCUCCGACAUCUCGCUGAUCCGCCUCUCGCCCGCCGCCGUGGCAACGGGCGACGCCCCCUUCAGCCCGCCCCCCCCGUACGCCCACAUGGAGCACUACCUGCGCUCCGUGCACGGCGGCCCCUCCGUUGCCAUGGCGACCGGGGCCCGGGGCCUCAGCCCGGCCCACUUGGCUCACGAGCAUCUCAAGGAGCGCGGGCUCUUCGGCCUCCCUCCUCCUCCUCCUCCUCCUCCUCCUCCUCCUGGUUCGAGUCUGGCUGAGUUCUACCAGCUGAUGGCGAGCCACCGGAGCCCCUACGGAGAGCUGCUCCUGCAGGGGGGGGGGCCCCACCUGGACUACCUGACCCCCCUCGACGGCUCCCGGUUCCCGCCCCCCGGCGCGUGGCCCCGCCCCCACAGGAAGCGCGCCCUGUCGGACGCCGGCCUCGAGCUGCAGGCGAUGAUCCGCUCGUCUCCGAGCUCAUUGGUUGCCUACAUCAACAGCUCUCGCUGCGGCUCGGCGGCCGGCAGCUACGGUCACCUGUCGGUGGGCGGGCUCAGCCCUUCCUUCCCCUUCCCUCACCCCCUCAACCCGAUGGCCUAUCAGCAGCUUCUCUCCCCGCAGCGCGGCCUCAGCGCCUUCGGCCACGCCCCGCCCCUCCUCCAGGCUCCGCCCCCUUUCUCCAGCCUGGGCCCGCCCACCUUGAUCCUCAACGGAGACCUGCAGCCCAAAAGCCUCGGUGGAGACUCGGCAGACAACGGCGACCCCAAGGUCACCAAGAGGUCAAAGGUCAAGACGGAAGCCGAGGGGCUGAGGACGCUGGCCCCCUGUUCACCGGUCCUCCACGGCAGCCUGCUGGACCUGAAGGACGACGUGGACCGGGACCAGUGCAAGCAGGAGCCCGAGGCGGUCUACGAGACCAACUGCCACUGGGCCGGCUGCAGCCGCGAGCACGAGGGGCAGGAGCAGCUGGUGCAGCACAUCAAUAACGACCACAUCCACGGGGAGAAGAAGGAGUUUGUGUGCCGCUGGGAGUCCUGCUCCCGGGACCAGAAGCCCUUCAAGGCCCAGUACAUGCUGGUGGUUCACAUGCGGCGGCACACGGGGGAGAAGCCACACAAGUGCACGUUCGAGGGCUGUCUGAAGGCCUACUCCCGGCUGGAGAACCUUAAAACUCACCUGCGCUCGCACACCGGGGAGAAACCCUACGCCUGCGACUACGAAGGCUGCAACAAGGCCUUCUCCAACGCCUCGGACCGGGCCAAGCACCAGAACCGGACCCACUCCAACGAGAAACCCUACGUCUGUAAGAUCUCCGGUUGCACCAAGCGCUACACGGACCCCAGCUCCCUGAGGAAGCACGUGAAGACGGUCCACGGCCCGGAGGCCCACGUCACCAAGAGGCAGAGGGAGAACGGCGAGAACGAGACGGGGAACCGAGACCGGAUCCACGGGGGGGGGGAGAGGACGGCCCACGGCUCCCCCAGAGGCGAGGGGCACUACCUGCACGCCAAGGCCAUCAAGACGGAGACCUCUGUGAUGCAUCAGUCCAGCCCUGGCGCAUCAUGGAGCAGUGAGCCGUCACCACCUGGCGGCGCCGAUGACCGUGGAGUAGAGAGGCGCACAGCGGGGGAAGCCGGGGACGACCCCCCUAAGGAGUCCUCGGGCGCGGUGACGGGUCUCCUCUUCCGGAAGCAGUUGGGCACCAUGCGCCGCCUGGAGCCUCUGGAGGAGGAGCAGCUGAAGACGGCGAGGGACUCGUGCCGCUGGGCCGGGAACCCGGCGGCCCGGGCCUCGGGCCCAAGCUCCGCCCAUACCGGCUGCCGGUGAGAGGAAAGCGCGCCUUAAACCACGUCUUCCUUUGGUGGAGCCGUCCUCGUGGGUCUGGUCCAACACGCCCUCUGCUCCUCGAGGGUCCCUCCAGAGCAUGGUGCUGGUCCGGUGUCCUCCCUGGUUCUGGUCUGAGCUCCGGGAAAACGACUCUGCUGGAAACCUUUCAGAGACACAGCAGCCAGA